UGGCUAUAUCACACAUCAUUGAAACCGAUCGUGUUCAGCCAGUAUUCGUUUGGACUUCAUAAUUAAUACAUAGACUGUGUUAGUUUCAUAUUUCUUUUUGCAAGAAAAAAAAAAUUGUGAGAAUAAUUUCAAAAUGCCGCUAAUACUAGGCCAUUGGAAAAUGGACAAUUUCUUCGAACGUCCACGAUAUCAAAAGAUGCCGAAUCGCUUGCACGAUUGCUACUUUUACUAUUAUUCGACAUGCGUUAAGGGAAAAAACUGUGAAUUUCGACACGAACCGAUUGCCCUUGGACAUGAGACAAUGUGCCCAAAGUGGAUAGACGGAUUGUGUUACGAUAACAAGUGUAAAAAUCGGCAUAUGUUUAUCAAGAAAAAUCGUUCUCGCAUUCAAUGCUACUUUGAAACUCAAGCAACUGGUUGCACAAAAGCCCAUUGUGUUUUCAAACACAAACGAGACGACAGUGACACCGGCGACAAUAAAUGCAAUCAAGUCGACUUGUCAGAGUCGGGUGUAGUUGAAGAUGCAUCUGUAGGUGAACAAGAUGUAUCGGUUGAUGAUACGAGCAAGUAAAGAGGUAUGAUGAGGAGGAACGUAGUGUUGCUGUUGCAGUUUUAUAUUUGAUCGCUUUUUUAAGCAAGUGUUUUUACAAUAACAAAAAAGUUUUUUUUUUAUAAAAACAAAACUAUCGGAAAAUAUCCGAAAAUGUUUUAUGCUAAAAUAAUGUAGCGAAACAAAUCUAAUUUUUUUCGGGAAGUUUACAAUAUUCAUUAAGUUUCUAAGUUUUUAUUGUGCCUUCAAGGUACAUAUACUUUAUGCACGAUCAUGAUAUCGGAAUGGUUUUUAUUUUUAUAAGUUCGCAAGUCUAACUUGCACGAUGUAUAAGAGAUCAUCUAAAGAAAUGGAUUAAAAAAAAAUAAUUAAUUUGCCUC